AUUUUAGGGAUUUUUGCCCUUUGUUUUAGGGUUCUAUGGAAGCAGCAGCUCGAAGCGAAGGGAGCACGAGCUCGGCGUCCUCGGAGCCUCAAUCCAUGCUCGCGCAGGGGGACGAGCCUCUGAUUAGGGCUGCGGAAUCCAGAGUCACAGACAUUCUCCAGCAGUUUGUGAGAGAUGUGGAGGCCCGGAUUGCGUCGUCACUCAAGGAGGCGGCCAGCGACGUGGUGUCGCAUUUGGGAAAGGAGGCGGCGUCGAGAUUAGUCGCUGCCGAGAGGAAGGUGGCGUUUCUGGAGCAGGAGCUCGUCGGCGCCAAGGAGCAAGCCUUGUCGAUGCUGCUCCGGCUCAAGCAUCACACUGAUUCUCAGAUUUUGGAUCUCGAGAAGCUCCUCGUGGCUGAGAGGAGACGAGCCGACGAUGCCGAGGCCAAAGUCGCGGCUUUGCACGAGACGCUGAGGCGUGCCAAGAGAAAAGGUGGGGGAGAAUGUACGAGUGGAAGAGGAGGAGGAGUAAAGCACUCCCACUCUGGAGAGGCGACAGUGAACCAGGAGGAGAUGUCCGACAGCCUCGCGCUCAUAGCCGGUGUGGCCUGCGACGUGAUGCAGCAGCCCAAGAACAACAACGAACAGUCCGACCAAGACAACGAUUGUUCUUCGCUCUCGGAAAAGCUGAGAAACUCGGAGGAGCUGGAGGGUGACGAGCGCGAGAGCCCAAGCCACAACGCCAGCGUCGCCGCCAACGUCAGCACACGGAAGAGGAAGAGGAAGUCGAGAUCUAUUGCGGAGGAGCGGCAGCGGCAGCCCGAGGCCUCGGCGGACGAGCAUAAGAGCGAGGACGAGGAGGACAACGACGACGACGACGCCUCGGUCGAGAACGGGGAUUCGAGCGAGAGGAAGAGGCCGGCCUCUGCGCGGCAGCAGCGAAACUCCAAGCGGAAGAGCAGGCAGAUUUCUACGUCGGAGAAGCUGACCCGGUUGAUGGUCGGGAGCAAACGAGCUCGGGGAAAGGCCGGUCGAGCGGACAAGAAAUCGGCCUCGGUGCCCGAGUCUUCCUCUCGGGAUAGCCGGAGACUAAUGCAAGGUGCUCGCCAGCUCUUCUCCAUGGCCGAGAAGAAAUGGUGAUGGACGAAACAAAGCUCAACUCGCGAGCAGUCAAGAGCAGCUAGAACGAACCCUCUCUAGCGAGGUGGUGGUGGUGUCACUCGUAGAACUUUUGGACGGAGGCCUUUGCUCGCAGCACUUGGGACCUGAAUUGAGAUGUGGCUUUUGGAUUCGAGA